ACGGUCAGGGAAAGUUUAUAUCGGCAUGUUUUGGUUGAAUUGGCUUUUAUGUUUGCUAUUUACAGCAGAAGCCAAAUUUGCGGGAGCACUGAAGCAAAUUCAUGUUGAUUCUGAUGCUAAAAAUGUAACAGCUUGUGUAACUCCAAAUGAAGACAUUAUCAUUACAUGGUCGUUUCAACAACAUGAUGUUGAACGAAUUACAAUGGCAAUCAGCAACGCUUCCAAUGUCAUUGGGAGAUUUCAGAAUGGUGAAUACCGCUGUUACAAAGAUGGAUUUGUGACAGAAACAGAAUGUCAGGAACACUUCUCACUGACUGUGAAUGGAUCUAGUGACAUCAUUAUUGCAAUGAGAAAUAUCUCAGAUGAUCAUUUCAAAAGCUAUCUAAUAUCUGUGUACGGUGGACCAGACGACAAAAUAGAAACCUUAUGGAUCACAGUCUGUAAGAAAGGUGCGACCAGCCAAGUCAAUGAAACUACCAAUGAACCAAAAGCUCCAAGACCUACAACUCCAGGUGUGGCCAGCCUAGUCAAUGCAACCACAAAUGAACCAAAAGCUCUAAGAACUACAACUCCAGGAACAGGCAGCAAAACUGGGGCUGUCAUUGGUGGUACCUUUGGGACUUUAUUUUUAAUGGUCCUGAUUGUAGGAAUUGCAAUUUGGUUCUGCAAAAGAUGCAAUUAAUUAAUUAAUUAAUUAAGUAAUUUUACAGCAUCGCAACAAAUGUAAGUUUUGUAUUGGGUAGUUUUCAUCAGCAUUUUUGUUGUAGUUUUCCCAAGCAAAUUUUGUUUUAAGUGUAUUUAGCUUAAUUUACAUUGUAAUAAGUCUUCGCUUGCUAUUUUAUAUACAGUUUUAACCGAUUCAAUUAAUACCAACUUGUGUCAGCAAUUGUUGAGACUAAAUAUUGUAAAUUUGUGGGGAAAACUGUCUAAUUGAUUUGCUGAGAGUUAGUAACCCAUUAUAGCCACACUGGUAUCCCAUCCAGGGGGAGUUGUAAUUGCAAUAUGUUCUAACUGCAUGGGUCACCAUGCUUGACUACAGACUACUACCUUUUCUAUGUAAUCUUACAUGACUCAACCCCCAUCAACUUGUUAACAGGGUUGAAUCUGACUGCGAAGGCUGGGUAUCAGUCAAAUGCCUGUAAGCUGAACACAUGACUUUGCCAGAGUUUAUGGAUGAGUUGUUUCAGCAAGUGCAUUUUUCGAGAAGUUUUUUACUGUAGACACCUUUUCCUGGGUGUUUUUAUAUUAUUUCAGAUGGCUGUUUGCCCAGUAGAAACUAUUUAACCUUUAACUCCCAAGAUCUGAUUGUUAAUUCUCUCCUCUUGCUACUACACAUUUCCAUGUGAGUUAGGUACAAGAACUUGGUGUUAGAUAGAGAUAACAACUUCUACCUGAUUAGUUUGAAUAUUCUCAUGACCUGUUUGCUGGAUGAUGUUUAGAUAUUAUAGGGAGAAGUCACUUGUUAAUCACUUUUGGGAAUUAAAGGGUUAAAAAAAAAUUUCAAAUCCCUGCUUGACAGAAUAUUCUUACUCUCCCAAAUCUCCAAAAAAGUGCAGCCCCAUUCUCUAGACUAGUAACGCUAUUGAAAAUGAAUCCCCAACGUAGUCAAUCCUGUCGUAAAAAUGCGACCUCAUUCAGUGGCACAUCCAACCCAUGAAUAGGAAGUACCCUCUCCUUCCCCGUCCCCUCCCCCUGUUGUAACUUAAAUUAAAGGGGAUAGUAAUAAAUCAGUUCAAUAAAUCUUGUGUAGUCAUCUAGAUGAAAUCACUGCUUGUAAUGCUAAUCUAUAUUAAAAUGGUUGUUUAAUUUCUUAAUCAGUGGAUGUCGCCCAAGUGUGUAAUCAUUCAGAUUCAAACUAGCAAACAGUUCUUUUAUGUUCAGCUGUUUAUUUUGCUAUGCAAUUCUUUCAAU